CCCAAAAAGGCCACCUCUCAAAAUGCUGUCAAGUUGUACUUGAUUGCCUUCUCCCACCUGUCCACUCACUCUUGCUCUUAGAUAUAGCGGCAGGCAACCCAACAUAACAAACUAACCAACCUAACCUCUUCAUUAAAAAAUGUCAAGAAUCCCACACGAGAUCAUUCACGACAUUUUGCUUCAACUUCCGGUGAAAUCCCUCGUCCGUUUCCGAUCUCUAUCAAAGCCAAUUUGUUCCUUAAUCGACGGCCCGGAUUUCAUCAAUCUCCAUCUAAACCAUUCCAUCACUACCAAAUCUAAUCACAGUAUCAUCCUCAAAGAGUGGGAUCUUUUCGCUGUUGAUUUUGAUGCUUUAUCUGAUGCGGUGGAGGUUAAACAUCAUCCCCUUUAUUCCGGUGGUGGAACGGAGGUUAUUGGUUCGGUUAAUGGGUUGGUGUUCUUGAGACGUUCUGAGACAAAUACUGCUGUGUAUAAUUUGUCUACAAGGGAGUGUAAGAAAUGUUAUGUGGCGGAAACUGAGAUUCCACGGCGGGAUAUGACAACUGGGUAUGUUUAUUAUGGGUUUGGUUAUGAUUCUUAUGGUGAUGAUUACAAAGUGGUGAGAAUGGCACAGUUUGUUAGAGAAGAUGGCGGCGGCGAUGGUGGUGGUUUGGGUUGCGAGUAUGAAGUUAAGGUUUAUAGUUUAAAGAAUGAUAAGUGGAAGAAGAUUGAGGGUUUGCCGAUUCGGCUUAGGUUAUUAAGCAAGCCCUUUUUUCAUAUUUUGAAUAGGAGAGGGUAUGGUGUUUUUGCAGGUCACGCUUUGCAUUGGAUUGUCCCGCAAAGGCGUCAACUUGGUAUUAGAGAUUGUGUUCUUGGUUUUGAUAUUAGGGAUGAUAAGUUUUUCGAAUUGCUGCAGCCGGAUUAUGAGAACAAGGGUAUGAACUUUCAGGUUGAUGUUGGGGUUCUAGAGGGGAAUUUGUGUGUAAUGUGUAAUUAUGAGCAUGUUUGUGUUGAUGUGUGGGUUAUGAAAGAAUAUGGUGCGAAGGAAUCUUGGUGUAAGAUGUUUUCGGUUCAUGCGAUUAAGUGGAUUAGUGCUUUUAUGUUUUUGAGACCUUUGGUUUAUUCGAAAGGUGGUGAUAUGGUGUUAUUGGAAGUGAAUGGUGAGAAGCUAUUGUGGUAUGAUUGGAAAAAUAAGCAUGCUAAGGUUGUAAGGGUUCGUGGUGGACCGAGCUCGUUUGGUUCUGAGAUGUAUGUGGAAAGCCUUAUUAGGAUUAAUGAUGGUGAUCGAAUUGGCUGGAAGAAGCAACAAGAGCUAGAUGAGGAGGAGGAGGAGGAGAAGAGGAAGACAAAUAGGAAUAAGAGGGAUGAUUUCCUGUCUGUGGGGUUCAAACUGAAGUUGUAAGACCAAUAGAGAAAAAGGAUACAGGACAAUGGCCAAAAUGGAAGAAGGUUUCAGAGGACUAAUAGCUGCUUCCAUUUUUCCAGAUGUUCUUGCUCCUUUUAUUCUAUUAUCCUCAGGGCUGAUACUGGAGUUAUGAUACAUACUAGUUUGAAGACAGAAUGGAGAGAAGAAUCCUUCAUGCUGAACAUACUGUGCCUUCUGCAGAAAGUACUAUACAAUGUUAGAUUUGUUUUUAGGGCAUGUUGUGUCAGAAUAAUCAGAUACUUAAUGGCUCAACAGUGCAAGAAAACUUUGGAAAUCAUGUAUAGUUUUCCCAGACAGAGAAGCUAGUCUGUUUACUUUUCAAAGUUGCAGGAAACUCUUCUGAAAUGAAUAAAAUGAAGUCAUUAACCCACAAGCCUACAAAUUUAUGGGUUUUUUCUUUCUUAA